AUGAAGACAUUCGUCUACCAUCUCUUUGUCAGCCUCCUCGCUAUAGCAUUUCUUGUAGCGCCAACAUCCGCCACUAAUCGGUCGGCGAUGUUGCGCACCGUCGUCACGACCGACAUGGAGCAGGACGACUUGGCGUCGUUAAUCAGGUACCUGCUCUAUACCAAUGAGCUCGAUACCCAGGGCAUUAUCUACACCUCGAGUCGCUAUCACUGGGCCGGUGACGGCAAUGGGAGGGCGUUCUUCAUUCCAGACCGCGAAUACACCACGCCACAGUGGACAUGGCGCUGGACGGGCACGCGAACCAUCCAGGAUAAAGUGCUCAACGAAUACGCAGACGUCUACCCGAAUCUGCAGAGUCACGAUCCAUUCUAUCCGACACCGGACAAACUCCUGUCCCUAGUGAAGAUCGGCAACAUCGACUUCGAGGGCGAGAUGGAUCAUGACACAGAUGGAUCGAACCUCAUCCGGUCGCUUCUGCUGGACGACGAUCCACGACCGCUCUACCUGCAAGUCUGGGGUGGCACUAAUACUAUUGCCCGUGCUCUCAAGUCGAUUGAGGAAGAGUACUCGGGCUCGCAACUGUGGACCCAGACCAAGAAGGAUGUCUCACAAAAGGCGGUCAUCAUGGCGAGCGGUUUCCAGGAUGAAACCUACGCCAACUACAUUUCUCUCCAUUGGCCGCAGAUACGUGUGGAGCAACUGGAAGCGGGAUACCAGACCUGGGGCUACAACUGUAAUUCCAGCAAGGGCAACGUCCGUGGUGUGCCCGAUAACCAUCUGUACUUCACCGGUGACUGGAUCAAACCAAGCAUUCAAACAGGCCGGUACGGAUCCCUCUACCGCUCCUGGCUGGACGGCCAGGCAAUGCCUGGUGACCCACUGGAUGUCUUUGGAAAUCUAUCCAGCUGGUCAUCUUCCAGCCAAUCUUGUCGGCCGCUGGGACCGUACGACUUCCUGAGCGAGGGUGACAACGUGGCUUUCAACCCACUUUUAACAACCGGUAUUCAAGACCCAGCUAAUCCGAGGCUCGGGGGUUGGGGUGGCCGGGCUCAGCAAAACAAGACUUCCCCGAAUCUGUGGGUGAUGGCUGAGGAUGAGAAGAGCCAAAACGGCAGCCGAAUCGCCGGCUAUACAACAAACCGCUGGAUCGCGGCUGCUCAGAAUGACUUUGCAGCUCGCAUGCAGUGGACCCUCACAUCCAACUAUACAAGAGCCAAUCACGCACCCUCUGUGGACAUCUUGAAUGGAACUACCGUAAAGGCCCAUCCUGGGGUUACCGUGACAUUAGAGAGUGCUGUUAGCGAUCCCGAUCACGACAAUGUCACCACAUCUUGGUGGCAGUUCUUUGAAGAAGGCUCUUAUCCAGGCAUUGUGACUGUGACUAAGUUGAAUGCCAAUAGGGCGAAUGUGAUGGUUCCCACCGAUGCGAAAGCAGGCCAGACUAUCUCCAUUAUUUUGCAAGGCACCGAUGACGGGAAUUUUCCAUUGACUCGCUACAGCCGCAUUUUUGUGCAAGUUGUAUAAUAAAUGGACUGGGCUAUUCCUCAGUGAUGGAUGCAAAACAUCAUGGACAAUCUAAUUGGGAGCUAUAGCUGCUGAAUAUAUUGUUGAAGCAUAUACGAAUAUGCCUUGAUUAGAUGCCUGAAAUGGUAUAGCGUAGCCAUACUUUGCCUAUACGUGCGUUCCUGCGCAGAAGCUAUCUGAAUACAUAUCUGUCCUCUUUUAUUUUCAAGAGAGAUCACCUUCUCAUUUGAAACUAGCACAU